CCGCCCACGUCUGUCGAAGUUUGAAGUUAGGUUAGGUUUGUGUUAUGCACGAAGUUGCAAUUACAAAAUAAUCUACUAAUCUACUAGGCCCUACUCCAAAAGUUUGGUUGUAUUGCUGGAUGUUAUUUUUCAGUAGUUAGAUUUAUUAGUGUGAAACUGCCAAGUGUACUAUUAAUUAACUUAAGAUCAUUAUAAACACUUAACUUAGUUAGCCUAUCCAAAAAGCAGCAUGUCACUAGGCCUAGAGAAUAAUCUAGAGAAUGCAACAAACAGAUUAUCAUUAACUGAUUGCCAAGAAGAGGAGAGUGAUAUUGUUGAUCCAUGGAAUGUGCAGAGUAGAAGCCAAACUGGGGUUGACUACGACAAACUUGUUGAAAGGUUCGGGAGCUCAAAAAUUGAUGAAGAACUCCUCACUCGCUGGAAAAAAGUAACAGGGAAAGAUGUCCAUCCAUUAUUGAGACGGGGAAUCUUUUUCUCACAUAGAGACAUGCACACCAUUCUAAACUUGAAAGAACAAGGAAAGCCGUUUUACUUGUACACAGGAAGAGGUCCAUCAUCUGAUGCUAUGCAUUUGGGCCAUCUGAUACCAUUUAUUGUUUCCAAAUGGCUACAGGAUACUUUUGACGUUCCACUUGUGAUUCAGUUGACUGAUGAUGAGAAGUUUUUGUGGAAGGAUCUCAAAGUAGAGCAAGUCAUUAAACUUGCUAGAGAGAAUGCCAAGGACAUAAUUGCUUGUGGUUUUGAUCCAGAAAAUACUUUCAUAUUCUCAGAUUUCACUUUUAUCGGACAAUGUCCGCAGUUUUACCAAAACAUUGUCCGGAUACAAAAGUCUGUGACAUUCAACCAAGUCAAGGGUAUAUUUGGUUUUGGGGACAGCGAUGUGAUUGGCAAGAUCAGUUUCCCAGCUAUUCAGGCAGCACCUUGUCUAUCCACUUCAUUUCCUUUCAUAUUUGGUGAUAAGAAAAUUCACUGCCUCAUUCCAUGUGCAAUCGAUCAGGACCCUUAUUUCCGAAUGACCAGAGAUGUAGCACCUAGACUCGGAUUUUCCAAACCAGCUCUGCUUCAUUCUGUGUUUUUCCCAGCUCUUCAAGGUGCUCAAACAAAAAUGUCUGCAAGUGAUGCCAACACAGCUAUCUUCCUUACAGACACUCCCAAACAAAUAAAAAAUAAGGUGAACAAGCAUGCAUUCUCUGGAGGCCAGGCCACAGUGGAGGAACACAGGGAGAAAGGAGGUGACUGUAAUGUUGACAUCUCCUACCAAUACCUCAAGUUCUUCUUAGAAGAUGAUGAAAAACUCAAACAGAUCAAGCAGGAUUACACAAGUGGAGCUAUGCUGACAGGAGAGCUAAAGAAAUUGCUGAUUGACACAGUGACGCCAAUAGUUCAGGAGCAUCAGCAACGUAGAGCAGCCGUCACCGAGGAAACAGUCGACAAGUUCAUGACCCCCAGGCCACUUAGGUUCAACUCUAAAUAACCAACACUACCACUACAUUACAAGCUGCAUUUGCUACCAGUAAAGAGGUCUUAACUUUGUGUAACAAACAAAAUGUUUUAUUCAUUAUCUUACAGUUUUAUAAAGCAAAAGUUAAAUAUUUUUUAAAGUAGACUCCCUCUUAUCAGGACUCCUUGGGACCGAGGCCAGUCCGGAUAACGGUUUUUCCAGUUAAACCGACGUCCCCAAAAACUUGUUAAAAACGUGUUUAAAUGCAUACUGUAUACAUAUUUGAUUUAAAUUUAGGAGAGCAUUGUAUUUAGACACGUGAUAACUGGUCUCAAAUCUUUCGGAUGAACUUAUUUCUGUAAAACAAGCAAACUUUUUAUUAGAAUAAGCUGCUCAGAUUUGGUCUAGUGGCUGUGGAUUUUGAGUCAACUUGUUUUGAGACAUAGUCUUCUUUAAUCACAACUCAACGUACAAAUUGAUAACAAUGUAUUGAAACUUCGGGACCUGUCCAUAGUGUCCAUCCCUAAUAAAUUCUAAACUAUGUUUGUCUUUAAAAAAUGUUUUUGUAAUUUUAAAUUCUGAAAACAAAACAAAAUUGGAAAUAAAAUCAAGCGAUUUUUGGAAAAAAUUAAAAGCAAGCAUUUUGUUGGUUUCUAUUUAUAGGCAUAAGUGGCUGCUGUCAUCACUGAAUUCUGGGUCUUCUAGUGAGAGCCACGUCAAGUCGGUAUUUAAAUACCGCUACUGUAUAUUGUUAUUUAAAUAUUGUAAAUACUAACUUGACACGGCUCUCACCAGAAGAUCAAAAAUACAUUUUCUUUGUUAAUUUAUUGUUUGUACUCAUCAACAAUAUUCCAUGUUUUACAUGAUAAUGGAUAAGUUUAUGUGAAGCUGUAAAUAGUUUUUAUAUUGAGAUAAAGCUAUUUUAUUUCAAGAAAUUUUAUUUAAUUUGUUGAAUUUGCAAUUUUUAUCAAAUAUUUACGUUGUAUAUUAAACCAGCAAUAAAUUUGUUUGACAUUAAUAGGACUACCCGCAUUCAAAAUUGAACCUAAUUAUAAUCAAAUACAAAUUUCUUUUGUACUUUUAAUUAAAAACUUCGUCACAUGUUUAUCAACUGUGAAAAUUUAUCAUUACAUUGUUUACUACGACAAAGAAUGUUAAGUAUGUAAAAGUAAUGUUUACUAUCUUUUAUUAUUUUUAUUAUUUAUUAUUGUUCGGAUUUUGCCGACGUAAACAAAGAUUUGUUAUUGUUUUGUCUACUGUUUCAAUUUUCAACAACCAAAACUGUACAACCAAAGUGGAAACUUUCAUUUGAAGACAUAACCUAAAAAUGCUAUGAGUUUUGUCAUGUACCUAAUUGUAAUAAAAAAAGAUUCAAUGUCGGUUUAAAUUAAGAAAAUAAUAAAUCUUAGAAGUGUAGCGAAAAGUAACGUUUAAAACACGAGUGGAAUUGGUACCAUUUAAAGUGCUCAGUUAAUCUCACACUUAAAACAUAUGGUCUUAAAUUAAAUAUGCAAUGUCUCACUUUCUACACUUGUUAUGAAGUUUGCUAUUACAGUGUGGUAAUAAUGUACUCCAAAGGAAUGUAAUAAUGUACUCUAUUAUCCUGUGAUAAAAACUUUAGAGCUAAAAAAAACAAAAUAUAAAAACCUAAAAUGAAUGUAAGUCUCAAACCAAGUAUUAGACAAUUUUAGCAACCUCUGUUACCAUCAAUCAAGAAUUAUCAGACUUUCUUGUGCUAAUCAGUGAGCAGAAACAAUUUAUAUUCGUGCAAUUUAUAAAAUAUUCUAAUCAAUAUGAUUUCACCUACAACAAAAAACCAUAAGCAUAGGUAUAUUUUUUUUUUUACAAAAAAUAUCAUAAAAUUAAAACUAAUUCCAAAACAUAAACAAUACCUUUCCUUUUUACACUCAAUUAAAAAAAAAUCGGCAUAAACAAUUUUUAGUAGGAAACAGUAUACCUUUUUACAAAUCAAGAAGAACAAUAAAAGAUUUGAACAGUUAUGAGUUUAUUCAUUCCCACCAAUAAUUAGGUUAUUAAUAAAUACAUUUUUAUAUUUUAAAUAAUAGUUUAAUUUAUCAAGUUUGAUCAAAUUUAUCAAGUUUGAGACUUUGGCCAAGUCUAGACUCUUGACAUAGUGACAUGCCACCUUACUCCAUUUAACUUAAACUUAAUCAAUGGUGCUUCACAAACUAGCUUAUUGCAAAAAAAUGAUGAAAUUUGGAAUUUUGGCUGAAUCAUUAUGGUUUUAUUUUUUAGCCGUUUUUAAAAUGUGUAUGGUAAAAAUUCAUGUAUUUUGCACAUAAUCAAACCCUACAUAUUCAACAUGUAAAAUAAAAACUAUUUAUUAUCA